AUGAUGAUGGAACACAAACAAACGAUACUGCUGGCACCCUCACUCAGCAACAGCAGUUGUUGGCGAAGCGGCACAUCCGAUGCCGCUUGGACAGGUCCGGGCCCUGGAGAGUUGAUACGAGCUGCUCUGAUAUUGCUACUCAGUCUUGGUAUCCUAUGCGCCAAUCUACUGGUGAUAUGUGUUAUCAAUAGCAGACAGUACAGCAAAUAUAUACAUGCUCAGCCCAGAUAUUUGCUGACGAGCUUAGCAAGUAAUGAUCUAGCGAUUGGUCUUUUAGUGACGCCUUUCGGUUUCUUACCAGCUGUUUACGGAUGUUGGCCGUACGGUGAAGUUGUCUGUCAAAUUCAGGCACUCCUUAGAGGCGCUUUGACUCAACAGAGCGCUGUUAUCCUCGUCUGCAUGGCAAUCGACCGUUAUGUUUGCAUGCUGCACCCUCAUCGCUAUCACAAGCACUCUUCUAAAAGGUAUUACAUGCGGCAGGGCUGUGUGGCAGUGAUGUCGACCACUUGGAUAGCGAGCGUGGCAAUUUUCGGGGUUCUGGUACUCCCCAGAGGCGGUUACUACUUCAACGGAUCUGGCCUUCUCGCCUGCGACCCCUUCUUCGCUAGAGCAUCCCUUAGGAUCCUAGCGUGUUGCUGUUUUUAUUUCCCAACGACGAUGGUGUUGAUGUACUGUUACGGCUCGGCUUUCCACGUUAACAAACUACGCUUGAAAAGAGUAGUCUGUGUUAACACGCCGGAGGUCGUUAGUGGCGGCCACAUAGAAAGGCUUGUCGCCCAUGAGAGACGAUUGUCGACCUCAGCUUCGCGAACAAUGGCUGCAAUGAGUUUAGGUUUCAUCGUUAUGGUCACACCAUGGACGAUUCAGGAAGUCGUUGCAGCCUGCACCGGAAGUAAGCCACCGCCAUUUCUCGACUUCCUGGCCACGUGGCUGGCUCUUUCCAACAGCUUCUGGAAUCCUUUCCUUUAUUGGCUGCUCAACAAUCAUUUCCGCCGAAUUUCGAGGGAGUUUCUCUAUACUAAGAUUCUGUGCAGAUCUAAGCCGUUAGGAACAAAACAACACUGCUGCUCGACUAGCACCGGUGGCUUAGAUGUUUGCAGCAUUGCGGGUAUCGACCUAUCAGGUUUGGAGCGUUGCUCAAUGGAACGAUGCUCAAUGGCGCGUUGUUCCUCGUUAUCAUUAACGAAUACACCGCCGCUCCCUUGGGAAACCGGACAUGUAACACAUGGUGACGUAGCAUCCACGUGAGCCACAGAUGCCGCCACGCAGACGGAGGAUUUCGGAUCCCCGGACGACGCC